AUGUCGAUCUUAAAGAACAUUAUUGUCGUUGGCGGUAGUUAUGUCGGUGUCAAUGCAGCGCAGCAGCUGGCGUCGAAAUUCUCGGGUCACUUCAGAGUUCUGUUGAUCGAGAAGCAUUCGCAUUUUCAACAUUUAUUCGCUUUCCCCCGCUUCGCCGUCACCGACAAGGUCGACACAAAGAAGGCGUUUAUUCCUUUCGUUCCUGGAACGUUCGCUGCCUGUCCCCCAGGAUCAGGUAGCUUUGUGCAAGCAUCGGUCACCGGAGUCACGAAAGAUUCCGUAAACCUUGACAGGAAAGUCGAAAUCGAUGGGCAGUUGCUGGAUAGCAUCCCAUUUGCUUAUCUCGUCAUCGCAACAGGCACCAAACUCACUCCGCCGUCUACAAUCCCCUAUGAUGGUAAAGCCGAAGGAGUAGCAUACCUGCAAAACCACGUUCAGAAAGUUAUCAGCAGCUCCUCGAUAGUCAUCAUUGGAGCCGGUGCCGUGGGUGUACAGAUGGCGACUGACAUCAAGGAGCUCUACCCAGAGAAAUCAGUCACCCUCGUUCACUCCCGCAAAAACGUCAUGAACAGAUUUAACACCAAGCUCCACGACCUCAUCGCAGAACGGAGUGCUGAAUUGGGAAUCAACCUGAAACUAGGCUCGAGAGUGAAGCUUCCACCUGGAGGCUAUCCAACAGAUGGAAGCACGUUCGACGUAGAGCUGGAAGAUGGAGCGAAGAUACCCGCAGACUUGGCGAUUAUAGCUACCGGCCAGACCCCGCAAUCGGAUCUCCUGAAAGAACUGUCGCCCGAGUCGGUUGGCGACGAUUCGUUUGUUCGCGUAUCCAAGACAUUACAGCUUCUUGACGAAAGAUACCCGAAUAUUUUCGCUGUUGGAGAUGUAGCAGCGACCGGAGCGCAUAAAGCUGCCAGACCAGCUGUUCGACAGGCCGCACUCGUCGUGGAAAACAUCCACCAUCUCGUCCACGACGAGCCGCUGGAGCACUACGAAAUUCUGGAACCGCCAGCUAUUCACAUGAGUCUGGGAAUUACCAAGAACGUCGUGUUCCGCGAUCCGGGACCAGACUCUCCUGAGCCGACGAUAAUACCUAGAAUAGAUGGAACCCUUGACAUGAAUAUAGACGGCGUGUGGGAACGGAGAGGUGGUGGGCCAAAUGCUCUCUUGUGA